AAACUGCCGCCAUCUACAGGUGAUGCGAGAAUUGUUGUGAAAAUAGUCUGUCAAACAAGAUCGAGGAUGAUUUUGAAGAGCCCAUUUUUGCUCUUCAUUGCUAUAAUAUUUUUCAAUUGUGCAUAUUCGAAGGAAUGCAGGGAUGGCUUCUGUCAAAGUAACAAUACAGCUCCUUUGAAAUUUGAAGAUAUUGUUCCAAAUAAUUACGAUAAACUUGUACCACCAACUACCAAUGGUGAGCCUGCUACAGUGUACAUUAGGAUAGCAGUUUUAAACAUUAAUUUUGUUGAUGAAGCUAAACAGGCAUUUGGGGUAGACAUAUUCUUUCAUCAAAUUUGGAAUGAUCCUCGAAUAAAAAUUCCAGUAUCUCACAACACUUCCCGCCUUGUUCUGGAUAGUAAAUGGAGACAUCAUUUAUGGACUCCAGAUACCUACUUUAAGAAUUUUGUGGAUGGAAAAGUCAAUGAUAUCAUUAUUCCUUAUAGUUAUAUGAUUUUGGAUAAGAAUAGUGAUUUGUUCUUUGCAGCUAGGGUAAGUUUAAAGCUUGACUGUGAAAUGAACUUGGCUUCCUAUCCACAUGAUGUUCAACAGUGUGAAAUAUCAGUCAUGAGCUUGACACAUACAACAAAGAAUGUAGUCUUGAAAUGGAAGGAAUUUCAAAUUACUCAAAAUAUUCUAUUAGCUCAAUAUUAUGUGAGUGGAAACAGUAGUUUAGGUGGAACAAAGAGGUAUAGCAUAGGUGAAUUUUCCUUUGUUGCUGGAAGAAUCCACUUAGCCAGAAGAUUAGGAUAUUUCUUAAUUAAUAAGUACAUCCCAUGCGUCCUUAUUAUUUGUAUGUCUUUUGUAACAUUUUGGAUUCCUGCUGAAGCCUAUCCUGCAAGAGUUACUUUAUCAGUUACAUCUCUACUAACAAUUGUAACUCAACAAUAUCAAAGUGCAAUGCCUUCUGUAUCGUAUGUCGUUGCUUUGAAUAUUUGGAUGCUUUCUUGUAUUGGAUUUGUAUUCUGUUCUCUUCUUGAGUAUGCUUUUGUAAUUGCGGUCAUGAAUAACAAAGGAGCUGAGAUCUGGCCAUUUCGUAAGAACUUGUUUCCGUCUUCAAAAGCUCCUAGAGACCAGGAAAGUGAUAAAGCACACAGCACAACUGAAGUUACCAAACUAUCUCAUCAAACUAUUGAUAAAUUAUCACGGUUGAUCUUUCCAUUGUUUUUUGCUAUAUUUUGCAUUUGUUAUUUCGUUUAUUUCUGUCGCAGAUAAUUCUAUAAGAAUUGAUUUCAAUGUAAAGAGAAGUUGUACAAUUGAUGUUAAUUUUGCAGCGAAAUGAUAAAGAACUUGAAGAGGUA